AUGGCCGGACCAACCCCACUCAACAAAAAGACAAUCGUCAAGAAGCGAUCAAAGAAAUUUGCUCGCCAUCAAUCAGACCAAUUCAUCCGCAUUCGCGAUUCGUCUUGGCGUAAGCCUAAGGGUAUUGAUGGACGCGUCCGUCGUCGUUUCAAGGGAGCCGUCCCUAUGCCUUCCAUCGGUUACGGUUCUGACAAACAAACCAGAAACAUCCACCCCCAUGGAUUCAAGACCGUCGUUGUCAACAACGUUUCCGAGCUCGAGAUGCUUAUGAUGCACAACCGUACUUAUGCCGCCACCGUCGCUAGCUCUGUCUCAUCCAGAGUGCGAAAGGAAAUUGUCCAACGCGCAGAACAACUCGCAAUCCGAGUCACAAAUGCCAACGCCAAGCUAAGAGCUGAGGAAGACGCUUAA